UUUCAGACUGUAAGAUUCAGAUAUGUUCCUAUUUGAUUGGAUUUACAGUGGUUUCAGUAGCGUAUUACAGUUUUUAGGACUGUACAAGAAAUCAGGCAAACUAGUGUUUCUUGGACUGGACAAUGCUGGGAAAACUACACUGCUGCACAUGCUCAAAGAUGACAGACUGGGGCAACACGUCCCCACGUUACACCCCACUUCAGAAGAGCUGACAAUUGCUGGCAUGACUUUCACUACCUUUGAUCUGGGUGGACAUGCUCAAGCUCGCAGAGUGUGGAAAAACUACCUGCCUGCAAUUAAUGGCAUUGUGUUCUUGGUGGACUGUGCAGAUCAUGAAAGGUUGCUUGAAUCAAAAGAAGAACUUGAUUCACUAAUGACAGAUGAAACUAUUGCUAAUGUGCCUAUCCUAAUUCUUGGUAACAAGAUUGACAGACCAGAAGCCAUCAGUGAAGAAAGGCUACGAGAGACAUUUGGUCUGUAUGGCCAGACAACAGGAAAGGGCAACACACCACUGAAGGACCUGAAUGCCAGGCCCCUGGAGGUGUUCAUGUGCAGUGUGCUAAAGAGACAAGGCUAUGGGGAGGGGUUCCGCUGGAUGGCCCAGUACAUCAACUGAUGGAUGCCAGAAUCCCAGCAGCACACCCUGCCCCUGGCUGAACCUUGUCUGCUCCUCCUCUGAUCACUCAGUGUGCGUAACUUGAAUCCAUUUGACUGUUCAAGUCAGAAAAAUACACCUUUUUAGCUGAUUAUAUCAUUGAUGCUAAAUUAUAAGUGUUGAGGAUUGAAAAAUUAUUUCACGUUUGUAAGUUGAAAUACCACAACCUGUGAGCUUUCUAAUCCCAUGCAACCUCCUUUUGCAGCUUUUAAUUUAAUGAGUCUCCAGCACCAUUUUUGGUCAGAGCAACUUUCCAGUACAGUAUGUUUGAAUGCACUUUUUAACAGCUAAAAACGAUGAACAUGUGAAAAAAAAAAUAUUUAAUGCUUAUGUUAAAUUUUUUUAUGUACUUUUUUGAAACUGGUUUUAUAACUUUAGAGUAUAUAACCAUCUUUCAAGGAAUAAUAAAUAAUUAGCUGAUGGAUAAUUGCAUGAUGCCUUACAGUUUUCAAUAACACACUUUCUUAUGCAACGUCAUGCAAUAAAUUUAAAUCCAGUUUUUGGCAACUUUAAUGGGAAAUGUUUCGUUUUAAUGUGUCUUAACUAGUGAGGCUGCCUGGUGAUCUGAAUAUGUGGGAUAUUUUCCUGAAACACAGCAGGCCACAAAGUAGUUCCAUUGUAGGUUAGAGUAAAGGUGGGGUUUUUCAGACUACCAAAUUGCAUUUGUUUUAAGGAUUUUGCAUAGUAAAGGAAAAAUCUAAGGUGAUGCCCUUCAAGUACAAAUAAUGUAAAUUAGCUGUGCCAAAGUAAAUCUUAAACUAAUAUCAAAAGUGGUCUUAAUCUCCUGGUCUCUGGAAUUAAACCCCUGAUGUGGCAUAAGAAAUACAGUUUCUUUCUGAAGAAAAAUUAAGAAUAUCACUGCACUAAAUAUCUUGUUUCCAAUUUCAUUAGUUUUGGGGUCUGCCAGCAGAUUUGCCUGUGAAAUUGCCAGGAAAAAAAAGUGUUGCCAUUGCUGCUUGUGAAAAUUUAUCAGCUCACACCCAAUUGACCAGUUUUAGUUUUGGUACUUUAGACUGGGACAAGAGGGAUUCUUUUGUGUGGUUUUUGCCCUGACACCUGGCCAGUGGGGCAGCUGCUGGCUGCCCAGGGGACUUAUUUCUGGGGUAAAAUUCAGUUAUCUGCAGUCCCUGUUUCCAGUCUUCUGGUUUUCCCUGGCUCCCCAAGGAAAAAGCAGGUUAUCUUUGAAGAAAGGGUGUUGUCUGUCAGCAUUUUGUUGGUGCUGCCUGGGAGCUGUGGUUGGUGCUUCCAUGUGCUGGGGAUGUUUUAUUUUACUGUGAAAUGAAGGUGGGGUUUCAUCCCUGAAGUCACUGUUUCACCUUGAUGGGUUUGGGUUUCACUCUGUAGUUUGUUUUCCCCUUGUACAAAUACAAACUGCUGCAAGUUUUACUGGAUCCCUUUUACCUCCUGCUGUAGGUCUUCUCCAAAAUACUUUAGGCCUUAUGUUUCUAAUAUCCAUGGCAGCAAAUGUAUUUCUGACUGGUUUGAUUUCAUAAAUAACUUUCUCUGGGAUGGAAUCUCAGAUUUAAAGCCUGUAGGCUCAUAGCAAAUAAAUGAGACUUAUUCCUUGCCCAAAUCUGAACUGGUAUGAUUGAAUAUUGAUGAUCAGUUCCCCACAGUCCUAGACUGUGCAUCUGAAUAAGAUGAAUAAUUCAGAACAUAGCUAAUAUAAAUUGUAAAUGAAGUUUAUUGCUGCAGAAUAGUGUGCAGAGCAUUAAGCCCAGUUUGUGCACAGUGAAGUUCAGUGUGAUGGUAUCAGAUGGCUUUUCCAAAUGACCAGCACAAGAGAAUUCUGCAUGUAAACCAGUGCUCAGCUGUAGAGUAGUGUCUCUGCUGCAGAAAUCCAAACUGGAGGUAAGAAGUGGCCUCUCACCAGCGUGUGGACAGUGUGUUGUGAGUCUUUACUCCCUACAGCCAUUGUGUAGGGGAUGUGCCUCUUGGGUUUUUUUUCUCUAACUUUUUCUGAUGGUGGCUGUAAUGCAGAGAACAGCUAAAUCACUAGAUGGUGUAAAUAUUAAAGGUACUACUUGCAGAGUCACAUUGUAGUGUUGAUGUGAGAGACUCGGGACUGUGCUGCCUGUGCUGAUGGAAAUGAAGCUGGAGGUGGAGAUGUUCUGCUGCACUUCCACAGGCUGAGCCAUUGCAUGGGCACAGAGGGUCCUCUUCACCUGCUCUUCCAACCAACCAUGAGCAGCAGCAGCAAAGAAAGGGAUAAUCCUAUGAAAAAUUGAAAAAGAAGGGAGGUGAUAGUGCUUGAAAAGUGUGUGUUAAGAACAAUUCUCACUGUUAUGGAAACACUCAGAUUUCCUGGUUCCUGCUGUGGGAUGCUGCCUGAAAUGUGGUUGCUGUAAGGGCAUGAAGAAAUCUGGACCUUGUGUUUAUCCACCUGGGUGCUGGAAUGGUUCCUGCUGUGGGAACAGCUGAUCAACACUCAGUGAAGUACACAAACAAUCUUGCUCUGUUCAUUCAGCAGAGGAAGGAUCUUCCUUCUGUAGUUUACCUUCUGUUGUGCACUUGAAUGUGAAUGAGUGUUGUGUGUCUUUGUGUGAAGACUUCAUUAAUAGACAAAUAACUUGAUGAGAGUUUUCCUGGUGGUUCUCAUUCCUACUCCCCCCCACAUCUCCCUGGCCAUUUAUUUCUAUCUUAUUCCUAAGACUGUGACCAGUCUUGCUUAAACAAAAGCAACAUUCACAUCUGGGUCUGACUUCUAUGAAUUGAUUUUUUUUUUGCACUCUUGACUAUGCAGAUUUCAAUUAAACAUCACUUUAAAGAAUGUGAAAAAGAAAACUCAUUAAUAAAGAUGUUAUUUAUGAAGUGUCUCAUUUUGUUUUUACAUUACAACAGUUCCUUAAGAGAAAUGAAUGCAGAUUUCUAAGAUCCUAAUAACUACUUGUGACAGUGGCCUGUAUUUCACUGCAGUGACCCCAGUUGCUGGCAUCUCUGGGUUAAGAUUUAUUUUGCUUGUAUUUAGUUAAAAUUGGGGUUUAGUAUGUACUGUAUAACUGAGAGGUGAUUGCUGUAUUUCAGUCUUGGUUUAAUAAAUUUUUCAGCAAUUAUUGGCAUUGGAGAGGGGAAGGAUCUCCAAGUUUUCUCAUUUGUCCUCUUGCCAGAUCAAGAUAAUUUCAUUAUUAUUUCUGUGUUCGGGUCCUGUCUUUGAUGUGCCAGAGGUGACCUGUGGCAUUCACUGGAGUACAUACAAUACCAGAAUGUAUGGGAGCUUUAUUGGAUUUUGAUGAUUGCAACUGAACACCAAAUAGAACAUUUGGCACCUAUUUAUUUAUAAUAAUGUCAGUUCAGAAAAUGAUGGAGGUGGUCUCCAACCCCAGUGAAUUCACAGGUCUGCUUGAGGUCGAAUUGUUCUUCUCUUGUUUGUACUGUCCAAAUAUUUGAUUGUUACCAACCAAAGUCCAGUAUUUCUAUUGACUGCACCGUGCUCAGAUUUAGGUCACAUAAAUGUUAGUUUUGGGCCGAGGAGUUACAUUAAAACAGCCUCAUCCAGUGGCUGUCACUGGGGUCUUGUAGCUUCCUCACACUGAGAUAAAACCACUCUUUGCACCAGUAUCUGUGUGGAACUGGAUUCUGUUUGGAAAUGUGAGUGCUCUAAAUGUUUAAAAGCAUAAUUUAUAUAAUAAACUGCGGAAGAGAAGCUUAA